AUGAGUAUUAUUGAGCUUUUUGCGCCCCAAACCAACAAAUGUGGCAAGCCUCCACACACCCUGAUGCCCGAUGGACCCCUGUCCACGGGCCGGGGCGGGGUGGUCCAUCUUCCGUGCUGCGGGUCCGGGAGACAUCCAGCGCGGGCUUUUCCUGCUGCCAGUGUGAGCAGCCUCAAAAUGCUCCCCGCAUUCAUGUACUAG